GUAGCGCUCAAGUUAUAAACGGUAAUGUCGUUUAUGUUGAUAUUUCUCAUUUGUUAAUUUGUAUUUUUGAGCUAUAUGCGAUGAAAAAAAGAAGUAAUUACGAUGAUGGCUUCAACUAAUGAAUUUGGCCCUGACUCUGGUGGCAGAGUUAAGGGAAUUACAAUAGUAAAACCAAUAAUAUAUGGUAAUGUAGCCCGUUAUUUUGGUAAAAAGAGGGAGGAAGAUGGACAUACUCAUCAAUGGACAGUUUAUGUUAAACCGUACCAUAAUGAAGACAUGUCUACAUAUGUUAAAAAAGUUCAUUUUAAAUUACAUGAAAGUUAUAACAAUCCAAAUCGUAUUAUGACUAAACCUCCUUAUGAACUCACUGAAACUGGUUGGGGAGAAUUUGAGAUUGUCAUCAAAAUAUAUUUUCAUGAUCCUAAUGAACGUCCUGUAACUAUAUAUCAUAUAUUAAAACUGUUCCAAACAACACCUGAAAUACAAUUAGGAAAGAAGAGUUUAGUGUCUGAGUUUUAUGAGGAAAUAGUUUUUCAAGAUCCAACAGCUUUAAUGCAACAUUUAUUGAACUCUAGUAGACCUAUAACUCUUGGUGCUUGGCGUCAUAAUACAGAUUUUGAAGCUAAAAAGGAAUCUACAAUGAAAGCAGUAAUAGAAGCAAGAAACAAGAUAAGAGUGGAAGUCAUAGAUCUUAAGGAAAAAUUAACAUUAGCAAAAGAAACAAUUGCUAAGUUCAAGGAUGAAAUUGCUAAGAUUUCUAAGGCUGGUGGAAGUUUAUCUGUAGCAUAAACUCAAAUUCAAAAAAAUGU